AUGUUCUCUUUUGUAGGUCAAGAAAAUUUGCUUGAUCAUCCAAUUGAAGAAAACGAUAUCCACAGUGCCACACAAGAUUUGCAAAGUGAUAUGGAGGAAGUAAAAGUCUCUUUCCAGAACAAGACAUUGGCCUUGCAGAGAAUCCAAAUUAUGGAUGCCCUGAGAGAGAAAUUGAAACAAGAUGAUGAUGAUUCACGUCUGAUCCUGGAAACAAUGAAACGCAUAAUGUUGCUCAGCCAGACAAUAAUUGAAUACCAGCAGCGAGCACAUCAGAAGGAACAGCAGUUGAUUGACAUUAAAAGGAAAAGACUCUUACUAAAAAACAGAGGACAGAAACUACAGGAAAUUCAGAACAUGAUGAAAAAGCCAAAGGAGAAACAAGAAAGCGUGAAUGUCAUUGAAACAGAGAAGAUACUUCAAAUAUUAGAAAAAGAAAGAGCAAUAACUACAAUACUUCAAAACGUGUUCCAGAACAUCAUAAUUGGAAGCGGAGUUAACUGGGCAGAAGAUCCAUCUUUAAAGGCAAUUGUUCUACAGCUUGAAAAAAAUGUCUAUCUUCAGUGAGCCAGGAGACGUGGUUUUCAUUUCGCGCAAUGUGUGCAUUUUAUCUGAGCUUGAUAGAUUGUGUAUCUCAAAAACAUAGUUCAAAUUUUUAAAUCCUUGACAUUUCUGAAAGAUUUUAUUUUCUCUAGAGAAUUAGAAUGUGUCCAAGCAAUUCUUUGAAAUUAAAUUUGUCUUCUGGUUGACAACAAAUGUUUGAACAGGUAGUAGAGCUGGUGAAAUGAAACAAUCUGAAGACUCACUCCUCAAGCUGUUCUGUCUGGAGUUCUCAUUUGUCUCUGAAAGGCAACAAUAACAUAAGAAAUGUUUCAAGGUUUCGUGUAGGAAUGGAUUUAAACUGAGGCUUUACCUCUUUCCUGGGGACCAGCAGGCCAUGGAGCUCAAGGAAAGAUGCAUGACCCUGCUCUGUCCCAGUUG